AUGUCUGUGUCCCCCUCACUUAGUUUUCCUGCUCCACCCUCUGCUGUGAGCAAGGCUGCAAAGGAAGCACAGGAAAUUCUAGCCAGCUGGCUGUUCCUGGAGCUCUGUGCCUUGCAGAAAAGGCCCAGGCUCUCUCUCUGUGUGUGUGUGUGUGGGCGGGGGUGGCCUUAUGGAUUUAGUCAAAGCUGGGAGGGAGCAUAUGGGUUGGGCUUUCUCUUUAUUUUGGCCGAUGGUGACUCCCGCUCUGGCCUGCCGUUGGUUAUUAUGGAUUCAAUCAUUAUUCAGGAGCGAUUAGUAGAGAGGCUGCUUUCGCCCCGGACUCAGACCCAGCGAAGUCAUUCCGCCAAGCUGAAGGACCACGAAAAGCAGUAUGUGGGGUUUGCCACCCUACCCAACCAGGUGCACCGGAAAUCUGUGAAAAAGGGCUUCGAUUUCACCCUCAUGGUGGCAGGAGAAUCGGGCCUGGGUAAAUCUACCUUGGUGAACAGCCUGUUCCUGACAGACCUCUACAAAGACCGGAAGCUUCUCAACGCAGAGGAAAGAAUCAGUCAGACAGUAGAGAUUGUGAAACACACAGUGGACAUCGAGGAGAAGGGAGUAAAGCUCAAGCUAACGAUAGUCGACACCCCGGGUUUUGGAGAUGCCGUUAACAAUACUGAGUGCUGGAAGCCCAUCACGGAUUAUAUCGACCAGCAGUUUGAGCAGUACUUCCGCGAUGAGAGUGGUUUGAAUCGGAAGAAUAUCCAAGACAACCGAGUGCACUGCUGCCUCUACUUCAUCUCACCCUUUGGCCAUGGGUUGAGGCCGGUCGACGUGGAAUUCAUGAAGGCGCUGCAUGAAAAAGUCAACAUCGUGCCCCUCAUCGCCAAAGCCGACUGCCUCAUUCCCGCCGAGAUCAAGAAGCUAAAAGAGCGGAUCCGGGAAGAGAUUGACAAAUUUGGAAUUAAAGUUUACCAGUUUCCAGAGUGCGAUUCUGAUGAAGACGAGGACUUCAAGCAACAAGAUCGAGAGUUGAAGGAGAGUGCGCCUUUCGCGGUCAUCGGCAGUAACACGGUGGUGGAAGCCAAGGGGCAGAGAGUACGGGGCCGCCUCUACCCGUGGGGCAUUGUGGAAGUGGAAAACCAAGCGCACUGUGACUUCGUCAAGCUCCGGAACAUGCUGAUCCGAACGCACAUGCACGACCUGAAGGACGUCACUUGCGACGUCCAGUACGAGAACUACCGAGCACAAUGCAUCCAGCAGAUGACCAGCAAACUGACUCAAGACAACAGGAUAGAAAGCCCCAUUCCGAUCCUGCCCCUUCCGACGCCGGAUGCCGAAACGGAGAAGCUGAUCAAGAUGAAGGACGAAGAGUUGCGAAGAAUGCAAGAGAUGUUGCAGAAAAUGCAGCAGCAGAUGCAGGACCAGUGAGAGGAAGCCGGGACGGAAGGCCAACGGGGGUCCCCCUCGUCGAGGCUGUUCGGCAGCCAUCGUGAACUCUCUAGGAAGGACUUUCCCAUUGCCAAGCAAAGAAAAUCAAAGACUUGUGAGCAAGGGUGGCACCCUCUCUCUCUCUCUCUCUCUCUCUCGUACGAUUGUAGCCAUGUCUGUUUGCAAGAUGGCGGAGAGAUGGGCUGGGAGAGUUUGCAGUUCACUGAAAAAAACCCUUCCCGUCUUCAGAAUAUUCCAAACUGUUUCCCACUCUUCCCUAGAUGUAACUAAACUCUUGUUUCGGGAGCGUUCCGGUCUUUCAAGAGAAAGCCAAUCUCCGUUUCUGUGGCAUAUGAAUUUUGAGGACUCUGUGGAAAAUGCACGUCGAUGUUUACUCCUAACCAAGGUGCUGUGACCCUCCUCCCAUAUUCCUCCUCCUCUGUAUACCUCCCUUUUUCAGAAAAACCCAAACCAAGCUUUCAGAGGUCACAGCAAGUUCCUGCAAGGCCGAAGGUACCUCUAAGCCGAGUGUUCUCCCGAGACGGGCCGUGCCCGGCCUAACCUCGCGCCUGGGGCAUUUCCUGGUUGUUGUUUUUCUGAGCCGCUUUGAAAGAAAGAGCAGGAAGUUGGUUGGGCUUAGGGCGGUACGGGGCUCGUCUUCAGCGGGUUUUCUCGAAACCUUCCUGGCUGAUGGAUUUUAUUUUAUUUUUUCCAACUAAGAAAUGGGAGGCAU